UUACAGUUUCAUGGACAUGUGUUGAGCGAGAUGGUGCGAAUGAAAUUGAGAUAUUUGCUGUGUGAAGUUUGCGUAUCAGAUCGAAGUAAUCUGUCACUGGUAGAUGACGGAGCCAUCUACCCUGCAGCCAAAACAGCAGUGUCUCGAGCGCACGGUGACUAUGGCGCUGCACUGUCCAGCCUUGGAUUCUCAGUGAAAUAUCUGAAUGCCCACACUGGAAUUGUGUUCCUGUGCUGUUGGAAAAGCCACUACAGACUCAUCUGGUCUGCUUUGCCCUUCAUCACCAGUCUAGAGAAUCGAGGGGAAAGAGUGCCAUGUUUUCUGAACUGUUUGCAUGUGGGAGGAACGAUCCGGACAUGUCAGAAGUUUCUGGUUCGAUACAAUACUCAGCAGAUCCAUUGGAUGCUCCCCCUAUGUCAGGGUGAAGCAGAGCGAUCCGAGAUCCGCAAGGCAGUACUGAGCUGCACCCUGAAGAAAGAUACCGAUGAUGACUAUGAAGAAGAGAGUGGGGAAGAGAAGGAUAAGUGACCCUAACCCUAAACUGAUUCUGUUGCAACUUGCAGUGAAUCUCAUCUGAGGGAAGCCACUGUAAAUCCCAAGACACUACAGGUAGUUCUGAUACUGGGCUCAUGACAGAAUAGCGCCUGGUGCUUCAAUGCAGCUCUUGGAUUGUGAAUGCGCCUCAGUUUGGAGCGAAUUAAAACAAAGCAAAUAAAAUAUUGGACAAAUGAAAUGUACAUAAAUAGUUUUGUUAUUUUUGUUAUGUUUGUAAUUAAUACACAAUGUUACUUCUGCUAUUUUGUAUAUCAUUUUUUGAAAGCAAAAUAAUAAAGUAUCUUCUAAGCCAACCAUUUACUGUGACUGUUUUACUCAAAGCAUUGGAGGAGGACCACAAUGAGGGGCAGGGGCGGACUGGGACCAGAAAUCAGCCCUGGCAUUUCAAACACACCAACUCCUUGAGACCCCUACAAGGCCCAUUUUUUCCCCCUUGACUCCCCCAUUACUAGACGGAUAAUUAUAAUUGGUAUUAUUA